AUGGCAGAAUACGUUCUCUACAUCUACACGCCCUCUUUGACAGUCGCUAUAAUUGCGCUUCUUUUGUUUCUCGCGGCGACGGUCGCUUAUAUCUUUCUCGGUAUCAAACAUCGACUAAAGUUUCUGAUUGCGUUUAUUAUGGCGGCUUUUUCGAAGCCAUUGGCUAUGCGGCUCGAGCAUGUUUUCAUAUUACUCGCACCAUCGCUCUUUGCGGCAUCGAUUUACAUGGUUCUUGGUCGUCUUAUACGUCGAAUUGAUGGAGAUUCAAGAUCUCUAAUCAAAUCCACAAAAUUGACAAAGAUCUUUGCCGUUGGAGAUAUCUUGGCCUUUCUUAUUCAAAGCGGAGGCGGUGCCAUCCUUACCGGUGCGAAAUCUGCAAGCAAGAUGAAACGCGGAGAAAAACUCAUUAUCGUCGGUCUUUUUGUUCAGAUCCUCUUUUCUGGAUUUUUUGUAGUUGUCUCAGUCAUCUUCCACAGAAGAAUUAUUGCCAAUCCUACCACGGAAUCCGUUACAUGCACUGUCAACUGGAAGCGGUAUCUUUUCAUCCUUUACUUCGCCAGUGCUAUGAUCAUGAUCCGAUGCAUCUACAGGGUCGUCGAGUAUAUUCAAGGGCAAACUGGCAUACUCCAAAGUCAUGAGUACUAUGCACACAUGUUUGACGCCCUCCUGAUGUUCCAAGUCAUGAUUGUCUUCAUCGGUUUUCACCCAAGUCAGAUUCUCUCUCGAUAUACGCCAAAACUAGACGACACGGAGCUCAUUUACCAGCGGCUGAAUGAGUGA